AUGGCGGCGGCUCGUUCGUCGUCGGUUACUGGACAGGCGCUGCGGCGGCGGGCGGUCUGCUUUGGGGACAGCAUCACGCAGUAUGGCUGGGCCAGCCCCGAUGGACAGCGCGGAUGGGUGGCCAUGCUGGCCGACGCGUAUCAGCGCAAGGUGGACGUGACAAAUCGGGGCUACAGUGGAUAUGAUACCAUGAAGGGCGUGGCCAUCCUCAAGGAGGCGCUGCCCACCCCCGAGCAGCAAUAUGUCUUUGCCACCGUCUUCUUUGGCGCGAAUGAUGCGGCUGAAUCGGAGCUCCAAGGGCUCACGCCUCAACAAUACCGCACUCACCUGAGCACGAUCGUGGACCACUGCAUCACGCAGGCCGAGGAGUUUAGCCGCAUUGCGGGAGAGGUGGCUCGCGGUCGUGGCGCCGUCUUUCUCGACCUGGCCAGCGUCAUGCGGGCUACUUCCAGCGCCCCGGAAAAAGCAUAUCUUGCAGAUGGCCUGCACCUCAACGGCGCGCUGUCUCGAUCGAGCAUGACAGAAGACUUGCGCAGCUGGGUGCCGCACAAGGUUUUGAGCUUGACGGCAGCUAGCAAGGAUUCAAGUGCCGAUGGUACUUCCACGACCAAUUCAUGA